CAUCCUCUUCCUCCUCAAUUGACCACUUGACUAUUCCACUACUUUAUCAACCACCUUUACAACCUUCCCUACAGCUUCAUGGCCAAGAAGAGCAUCAUGGGCCUCCGUGAGGCCGCCAUGGCCUAUCGUCCCAGCUCGUCCGGCCACCUCCCCGACCCGGUCCAGGACUACUCUCCAGUCUCUCCUGCGCCCACCGCGCAACCUAUUGCGGGACCGGGCUCCGUUAAUCCAGAUGACUAUGCGAAACCUUACUGCGAGUUUAUGACCGCGAAUCCGACCAUCUUCCAUGCUGUUGACGGCUUCACCAAACAGCUGGAAAGCAAAGGUUACAAGCGCCUGCCCGAGCGCGAAGCGUGGACCUCCAAGCUCGAACGCGGCGGGAAAUACUACUGCACUCGGAACUCCAGUGCGUUCAUCGCGUUCUCCAUUGGCAAGGAUUACAAGAGUGGAAACGGUAUGGCUAUCGUGGCCGGUCACAUUGACGCCCUCACCGCCAAGUUGAAGCCCGUGUCCAAGCUCCCCACAAAGGCCGGCUUUCAGCAGCUCGGGGUUGCCCCAUAUGCUGGUGCUCUGAAUGAGACUUGGUGGGAUCGGGAUCUAUCUAUUGGUGGCCGUGUCUUGGUCCGGGACCCUAGCAGCGGAAAGGUCGAGUCCAAGUUGGUCAAGCUGGACUGGCCGAUCGCCCGUAUCCCCACCCUUGCACCGCACUUCGGCGCGCCGUCUCAGGGCCCGUUCAACAAGGAGACGCAGAUGGUCCCUGUGAUUGGCGUGGACAACUCCGACCUCUUCCAGCAGCAAACGUCCACCACCAGCCCCUUCGCGGCGGGCUCAUUUGCCUCUACGCAGCCGGAGAAGCUCGUCAAAGUGAUCUCCAAGGAAUUGGGCAUUACGGACUACAACACCAUUCUCAACUGGGAACUGGAACUCUAUGACAGUCAGCCAGCGCAGCUGGGUGGUCUGGAGAAGGACCUGAUCUUUGCAGGGCGGAUUGAUGACAAGCUAUGCUGCUACGCGGCUCAGGAGGCUCUGAUCGCCUCGCCGGACAGCACAUCCCCGGGAUCGGUGAAGAUGGUCGGUAUGUUUGAUGAUGAGGAGAUUGGCAGUUUGCUCCGCCAGGGUGCUCGGUCCAACUUCAUGAGCAGUGUGAUGGAGCGCAUCGCCGAGGCCUUCGCUCCGAGCUAUGGUCCCAACGUGCUGGCGCAGACCGUGGCCAACAGCUUCUUCGUCUCCUCGGACGUGAUUCAUGCCGUCAACCCCAACUUCCUCAACGUGUACCUGGAGAACCACGCCCCGCGCUUGAACGUCGGCGUGUCCGUCUCCGCCGACUCGAACGGACACAUGACGACGGACAGUGUGAGCCAUGCUUUCAUGAAGCGUGUCGCUGAGCGCUGCGGCUCAACUCUGCAGGUCUUCCAGAUCCGCAAUGAUUCCCGCAGUGGCGGCACUAUCGGACCCAUGACCAGCUCCCGGAUUGGCAUGCGGGCAAUUGAUGUGGGCAUUCCUCAACUCAGUAUGCAUAGUAUCCGGGCGACAACGGGUAGUCGGGAUCCUGGUCUGGGAGUGCAGCUGUUCAAGGGUUUCUUCGACUACUUUGAGGAGAUUGACAAGGAGUUUGCCGACUUUUAGACAUGUUGUACUUUGAUGAUAGUCUAGAUAUAGAUUCCCCAAUGCUAUGUGUAGUGCUUCGAAUUCG